CAAGCUGUGCUCCGGCUGCUUUUGCUGUGACUCACCACCAAGCUCUAUGCAGUCAACAUGUUUUCCAAUUCCUCAGCAUAUUCUCUAUCGCAUCUUUUUCUCAGGGCUGCUCGGACGGCUGUUGCAUUGUGGAGGAAGGGUAUCUGUAUUGUUAAAGAUUUUGUUGCACAUGAUGGGAGGUGGCUUACAGAACUGGGUUCCAGGACAUUGGAAGCGUUCAUUCUUGUCCAUAUUUUCAGGUUUUAAGUUCCUUAGCCUUACAGUCUAACGUGCUGAAGUUCAUUAGUUUUCCCAUUACCAUUGCAGUUAUUCUUGAAUGAAUUCAUUAUUAUUAU